AUGGGCGAGAGCCAUAUUGUGUCGUUCAUCACUUUUUCGAUAAUGUUUAUGGGUACCGUUGCAAAUUUAUUUGUGCUGCUGGCUGCUCGAAAGAUGACUUCAAUGAAUAGUUCUUUUGGAAUUAUUACCAAAAAUCAGUCAGUCUGUAAUAUGUUAAUGUGCCUUAUUUUCAUGCUAUACGUUGGCCCAAUACAGUUGAGUAAUUCCACGCCACUCAGCGAAUACUCCAAAUAUUUCGGCCUGGCUGCGAUGAUAGUCUAUGAAAUUUCCAAUCAGCUCCACCUAAUCAUUGCCUUGAACCGAUUAUUUGCAGUGUUUUGGACUUUUCAUUACGAUCAGAUUUUCACAAAAUUCAAUACAAAUUUGAUGAAGAAUAUUGCUUGUUUUAUUGGAUUUUCGAUUUGCUUCUUAUUUUACGACGUUCUUGGCUGCUACUUUUACUAUGACACAAGGACCUUUACCUUCACAUUUUUGGAUUCACCAAAGUGUGACGACAUUACCUGGUAUUCCGACUUUAUUUUCAACAUAUCUCUAGUUGCACUUACCCUUAUUAUCAACUUGCUCACCGCCUACAGGGCCGGGAAGGCUAGCAGAAGCCUGCUCGACGCAGCUGGAGCACAAAUGUCCAAGGAGCAGAGGCAUCGCGAGAGGAGCUUUAUAAAGCAGUCGUUUUUGCAAGGGAUGACAAUAUUUUCGGGGCAGGUGACCUAUCACGUCACAGCUCCGUUGGUCACUAAUUCGGUUCUACUGUUUUUGGAUGCAAGUCUAUGGGCUUUCAUGCAUGCUUUUGAGGGAUUACUUAUACUUCUUUCAAGUCAAGAAAUGCGAUCUGUAAUCAGCAAAAAGCGCCAGUCAAUUGCAUCGGUAUUCGUGUUGAUGCUUUAA